AUGCAGCGAUGGAAAAGCAGAAAGAGGAAACAUACACUGACAGGAACAUUGACAACAACAAAAAAUAUCCAAUGGUAAAACGGCCUGAGUAAAACUCUUAUUUAUCCACCAUCUUUGGGGUUAAUAUUGCCCAGCGGUGCAAAACGAACUGCACGGUGGUCAUGUGAUGUACACGGAAGUGUAACUCCUCCGCACCGCAGUUGUCAGUACCUUGCAGAGUUGUAGAACCGGUCUACACCGUUAACGUCUAAGUAGUAUAUUGAAACAGCUGGUUAAUGUAGCCUAGGUUAGUAGUCAGCUCGUAUCUAGUCGUCUCUGCGGUCAUGUUAUUGUUGAGUGUUGUUAGCAGUGUAUGUCUGCUCCUAGCGACACUACAGGCGGUACAAUGUGACGCCGAAUUGAACACAUCUACAGGUGUGAAUACCGGACAACUCGGGAAGUAUUCGGUGCAGCUCGUGACUAACUCGUCCAACGGCACCGACCUAACCUACGGCUUCGUCUCGUGCGGGGUGGCCGUUCUGUUUUACGGUUCUAACUUUGUCCCGGUGAAGAAGAUACCCACUGGAGACGGUCUGUUCUUCCAGUGGGUGCUGUGUGCAGCAGUCUGGAGCGUAUCUCUGGUGGUCAACAUUAUUCUGGGGUCUCCCACCUUCUGGCCGCUAGCCAUGCUGGGGGGGGCCAUCUGGGCUACAGGUAACAUCACGGUGGUCCCCAUAGUGAAAACCAUCGGUCUGGGUCUGGGCCUCCUCAUCUGGGCCUCUUUCAACCUCCUCAUUGGUUGGGCAAGCUCCAGGUUUGGCUGGUUUGGGAUCGAUGCUGAGGAAGUUUCUAACCCAACACUCAACUACUGUGGAGCAGGAUGCUGUCUGCUCAGUGCUGUGAUCUUCUUCUUUGUGAAGAGUGAUGUUCACAGUCAGUCCUCCAGACCAGAAGAGGAGGAGCCACUACUCAUAGACGGCUGUGUAAAUGCAGAUGGUGGGACGUCGUCUGAUGACUCGUGGGUUGACACACUAAGACCGCGGACCAAACGACUGGUUGGUUCUCUCCUAGCUGUGGCAGCAGGUUUGUUGUACGGUACCUCUUUUGUUCCAGUUCUCUACAUUAAGAACCACGCAGCACAUCAUGACAGCCACUUCACCGGGGCAAGCCAGUUUGAUCUGGACUAUGUGUUUGCCCAGUUCAGUGGGAUAUUCCUGACCAGUACGGUCUACUUCCUGAUCUACUGCGCUGCCAUGAAGAACACACCUAGAGUCUACCCUAGAGCAAUACUACCUGGCUUUGUCUCUGGGGUGAUGUGGGGUAUUGCUACCUGCUGCUGGUUUCUGGCCAACACCUACCUGAGUGCUGUGGUCAGUUUCCCCAUAAUAACCACGGGUCCUGGUCUGAUUGCAGCUCUUUGGGGAGUGGUGGUCUUUAAGGAGGUAAAGGGUUGGUGUAACUUCCUCAUCCUGGGCAUGGCGUUCUCAUUGGUUCUCGCUGGAGCCCUGCUGACAGCCUUCUCCAAGGUGUGACACACACCUGGUCUAAGGUGUUAUGACUUUCCGCCAGACACUCAGGGAACCAGGAUGAGGAUGGUUACUGUACUCCAAAAGGGAACUGUCUUUUCACCUAGUUUCUAUGGAAAUCAUUUCUAGUUAGUCUCUUAAUAUUUUAAUGUUUGAUAAAAUUAUUUGUCUAUUUCCAUGAAUUCAUCUCAAAGGGAUACUAUUUUUUAUGAAGUUAUCUAAUGUGAUACCAGUGGAUGAAGAGGGUUAGCUGUAGAGUUAUAUAAUGUCAUGUUACAGCCAGUGGAUGAAGAGGGUUAGCUGUAGAGUUAUAUAAUGUCAUUUUACAGCCAGUGGAUGAAGAGGGUUAGCUGUAGAGUUAUAUAAUGUCAUGUUACAGCCAGUGGAUGAAGAGGGUUAGCUGUAGAGUUAUAUAAUGUAAUGUUACAGCCAGUGGAUGAAGAGGGUUAGCUGUAGAGUUAUAUAUGUUUAGCUGUAGAGUCAAUACUUCCUGUUGAUCUGGCCAUCCAAUGUACGGGACGUUGCAAGUCAACCUGCAACGUAAACACUUCUAAGAUCAACAUGACUAAACUAGAAAAAGGUACAUUUGUUGAAAAUGCGUUCAGCUCUUUGAAAGGUUUUGUAGCCUACCAUAGCCAUCUGAUAUGUUGAAUCAUUAUAUAAAAGGCUUUCGUAGCCUACCAUAGCCAUCUGAUAUGUUGAAUCAUUAUAUAAAAGGCGUUGUUGGGUUCUGAGAAUAUGAAAUAUACGUAUUCAUGUCACUGAGGGAGGGUAAUGUAACGUUUACAUUAUGUCACUGAGGGAGGGUAAUGUAUAAGGUUUACAUUAUGUCAGGAUAUGCCAGAGAGAGGGAGGGUAAUGUAUAACGUUUACAUUAAGUCAGGAUAUGUUAUUGUUUGCCAUCUGGGAUCCUCUGGGAGGAGAAGAGACAGUCUGGUACCAGUCACCAUGACAGCCGAGGAGUGAGAGGUCAGAUGAAGUGAGGUAGAACAGAUAUCACCAAGGUUCUGCCUCUCAACAGAGAUGAAUUGGUUGUUCAGAUGUGUAGGAGGAGACUCGGCAUAGGAGGAAGGGUUAAAUAUCAGUGCUGUGUGAAUGUUUUUGUUGGUUCAGCUGUUCGAUCAUUUGGGAUGAAUAAACUUGGUUUAAGCUUUCA